GCUCGGCCCUAUGGUGCCGCGGCGGGAUCCGGUUCUUGCUCGCCGCCUUGGAAAGGGACCCGCGGAGCGGCGCGGGGCAGCGGAACCUGCCGGCCCCGGCUCUUGGCUGGCAUGAGGAACCUGCCCAUCCUCCUCUUCCUCUUCCUCUGCUGGAGCCUGCGGCGGGUGAAUAGCAUCCACCCAGAAUGCAGAUUUCAGCUGGAGAUUCACAAGGAGGAAACAAAGUGCAUGGAACUUCUGAAGAAUGCCAAGCCAGUGGACCAAAAAGGAUGUGUGGGAGUGUGGGAUAACAUCACCUGUUGGCGUCCUGCAAAGAUUGGAGAGACUGUCACUGUCCCUUGUCCAAAAGUAUUUAGCCUUUUUUCUGGCAAACCAGGAAAUAUUAGUAAAAAUUGUACGAGUCAUGGAUGGUCAGAUAUUUUUCCUGACAUCUUAAGUACUUGUGGAUAUAAUGACUAUGAGGAUGAUUAUAAGGUCAACUUCUAUGUAAGGGUGAAAGCAAUUUAUACCCUUGGGCACAGCCUAUCUCUGAUUGCUCUUACAACAGGAAGCAUAAUUCUUUGCCUUUUCAGAAAACUUCAUUGUACUCGGAACUACAUCCAUCUGAACCUCUUCCUCUCUUUCAUCCUAAGAGCAAUCUCUGUUUUAGUCAAGGAUGAUAUUCUCUAUUCAAGCUCCAACACAGCUCACUGUCCAGAGGAUCAAACCUCAUGGGUGGGCUGCAAGGCUAUUUUGGUCUUUUUUCAGUAUGGUGUUAUGGCAAAUUUUUACUGGCUCUUAGUUGAAGGACUUUACCUCCACAUACUGCUUGUGCUCAUCUUCUCCCCCAACAGACACUUCACGAUCUACCUGCUGAUUGGAUGGGGAAUUCCCACCAUAUUCAUUAUUACAUGGACAGUGACACGAAUCAUUUUAGAGGACACUGGUUGCUGGGAUACAAAUGAGCAUGGUGGUCCCUGGUGGGUUAUACGAAUACCAAUUUUAAUUUCUAUUAUAGUGAAUUUUAUACUUUUCAUUAGUAUUAUAAGAAUCUUACUGCAGAAGCUAAGAUCUCCAGAUGUUGGAGGAAAUGACCAGUCACAGUACAAGAGACUUGCAAAAUCCACAUUGUUGCUUAUUCCAUUAUUUGGAGUUCACUACACAGUGUUUGCUCUGUUUCCUGACCGCAGUUCCAAUAAUUACAAAAUAAUCUUUGAGUUGUGUUUGGGAUCAUUUCAGGGGCUGAUUGUUGCAGUCCUGUAUUGUUUUUUGAACAGUGAAGUACAAGGGGAGCUGAAAAGAAAGUGGCGGAGUAUGUGCUGGAAACAGACAGCAGGCAGAGAUUACAGACUCCACAGCUCUUCAAUUUCUCGAAAUGGGUCAGAAAGUGUUUCUCAGCUUCACCGGAAUUCAAGGGCUCAGUCGUUUAUGCAGACAGAGACCACCGUGAUAUAAAUCAUCUAGGUUCCCCAAAACACAAAAAAACCCUGUUAUAUUGUUCAUGAGAAAGCUUAAUGUGAUAUUUUAUAAAAUGUUCAGUUUAGUGCUUUGCUUUUCUACAUGUUGAUAUUUGGGAUAUAUUGGU